GGUCAGGAGUGCGGGACACAACGAACCUGGACACUGAGAAGUCCGCUUUCAAUGGAGUAGAGAGACACGAUGAGCGAAGAUGGUUAGCUUGAAAUGCCCGGUGAAGCCACAGAAACCGUCCCUGCUACAGAGCAGGAGUUGCCACAGCCCCAGGCUGAGACAGCUGUGCUUCCUAUGUCUCCAGCCUUGAAUGUCACUACUGCCUUAGGGCAGCCAGGAUCUACCCCUACCCCUCCUUGCUCCUUGGCCCCCCAACAAUGCCCCAUACCAAUUGCAAACCAGUCAUCCCCAUUUCCCGCUCCCUCUACUAGUAGCUCAGUCUCUUUAGAGGUUCCUUUUCCCCAGCCAGCUUCAGGAAUGACCAUGCCUUUAGAAACUUCCCCUGACACCCCAACUUUCCUACCACACCUGAUAGGACCUCCUAUCUCCCCAGCUGCCUUAGCCCUGGCCUCUCCCAUGUUAGGGCCAAGUUUGAAAGGUGCCCAUUCCUGUUCAGCUCCGUUGGCUCUAGUUGCAUUGGCUCCCCACUCAGUUCACAAAAGUUCAGCUGUAGCUGAGUCAGGGUCAGUGACAUCUCUGUCAGCUCCCCUCACUGCCUCAGAACCAAAGACCUCUCCCAUUCAAGUUCCCUCUCCAGUAGUUCCUAAUCUGAAAGAUCCUACCCCAUAUCUUCCAGUUACAGUCAGUGGAAUUCCUCCCCACUUUGUAACUCCCUUGGUCUCUAGUGAAUCUAGAGUAUCUUCUUAUCCUCAGAUACCACCUAUCACUUCUCAGGUUAGAAGUAUCCCCGUUUCCCCAGCUCUAAUGCCACAAAAUCCUUUAAGCUCAAGCCUAAAGGGGCCUGUUGGUUCACCUACUACCUUCUCUCUCUCAACCCAGUCUGUUCCUGCAGUGGCCUCUUCGCAAAAGACUGGAAUUCCCAAUAUCCCCCCAGUUUUCCCCACUUCCCUUAGCACUCAUCUUGCACCUUUACAUCAAAGUUGUUUAGGCUCUCCUGUUCAACCUUUAGGUCAAACAGGCCCUAGCAUUCUGUUAGAUUCUAUAACGAAUACUAUUUCCAAAGAUCAUUCUUCCAUGGAGGCCUCUUACCCAUCUCAGAGAUCUGAGAUUCCUCCUCUUCCUUCUAGGAGUGAGCUUAUUGCUAGUGCUGCCGCUUCCCUUCCAUUCAAAGCUCCCACUUCAACUCUAAUUAUUUCUGCUGAUAAAGGCCAGUCUGCCAUCACUAGCGUAACCUGCCACAGUCCUGCUGUCUCCCCAAAUGUAGCUACUGUUUAUUCAUUGUGUCCCUCAGCCUCUCUUAUUCUCAAAGGCCCAACUAAUACUACUACCUUUGAGGUAGCUACUUGUGUGGCUUCUCCAGUUUCAUCAGGUCCCAUAAGUGGUAAAGAAUCAACUUCUUCUGCCUUGGGUGUGGUACCUAUGACUUACAAGGAACUUCCUACUCCUCAGGUGGCAGCUACUCCAUCCCAGGCAGGAUUCCCUACCAAGAAAGAUUCUAUUAAUCUGCUACCUUUGGCCCUGGCAGGCCCCCAAAAUUUUCCCUCUCUUCAGAAUGUAUCAUCUCUGGAAGUAACUUGUGGAGCCACUGUAGCAAAGAAAGGCCUUGUAGGCCCUCUCCCUGUGACUGAGCCAGCUGGUGCUACUGCUGCUGCUCUGGAUGUCAGCUCCCCAAUCUCUGUAGUUAAGACAGAUCCUUAUGCAAGCCCAGACUCUACUAGUCUGUUUCUUAAAAGUUCUGAUACUGCCCCAACAGUGCUUGAUAUUCCUUUGGAAAGUGCUGACCCUGUGGGAGUGGCUCCUACAGCUGCCAGAGAUACUGCUUCUCCUGCAACUACAUCCGGUCCUUUUGUAGGAGCUGUCUUGUCAGCUGCUGAAAACCACCCAGCUAAAAAGGAUAUUUACACUCCUACUACUUUACCUUUGGUUCCACAGACCUCUGAAAGUUGCCCUGUAGCUCCAGCUGUGAAUUUAUCCCCCCAGAAUGUUUCUGUUUCUGCAGCUACCGUGGUAGAGGCCCCUGAAAUUCCUAAGUCUUUGCCUUUUCCCACAGUUGUACCAGCUGACAUUUCUCUUGAACAAAAGAAAGUUGGUGAUAUUUCUCAUACCUCAACAUUGGCACCUUUGGCUUCCUCCCCUGGAGGGCAUCCAAGUGAAGAUUCUGGUGCUUCUGUUACUAUAUCUUACCUGGCUAAUUCCCCAUCUCCUUUAGGGACUGGUAUUUCUCCUCAGUCUAAAAGACUGGCAACCCAGAAGGAUUCCACUGUCACUGAUAAUCUGACUGGAAAUGUCUCCAGUAUUUCUCACAUUGAAGCUUCUUUCCUUCCAGAAGCUAGUCAUUCUUUUCAAGACCCUAAAGAUUCACUAACCAAAAAGCAGUCUCCUCCUUCCUCUACUCCUUUCCCAGAAGGAACAACACCAUGCCCCAAAGAGGUCCCAGCAACCCUCUGUCCCAUAGAGGUCCCUGAUUCCCCACUUGCAGCUCCAGCAUCCCCUAAAAAGGCCCUAACAACCCAGUCCUUCAAAGGGACUCCCACUAUCCCAGCCAAGACUCCUUCCUCCCAUAAAAAGGACCCUGCAACCUCAUCCCUCAAAGCACCCCCCAUUGCCCCAGCUAAGACAUCUACCUCCCCCAAAAGAGUUCCCAUUCCUCUAUCUGAGACUGAUCCCUCCCCCCAAAACUCCUCAGCAACUGCAGCCCCCAAAGAGACCCCAGCAAUCCCCUCUUCCAAAGGAGCCACCGACCCGUCAACUGAGACUGCUCCCUCCCCCAAAAAGGCCUCAGCAACUACAGCCCCCAAAGAGACCCCAGCAAUCCCCUCUUCCAAAGGAGCCUCCACUCCCUCAACUGAGACUCCUCCUCCUCCCUCCCCCAAAAAGGCCUCAGCAACUACAGCCCCCAAAGAGACCCCAGCAAUCCCCUCUUCCAAAGGAGCCUCCACUCCCUCAACUGAGACUCUUCUUCCUCCCUCCCCCAAAAAGGCCCCAGUAACUGCAGCCCCCAAAGAGACUCCUACAACCCCCUCUUCCAAAGGAACCUCUGCCCCCUCAUCUAAGACUCCUCCCUCCCCCAAAAAGGCCCCAGCAACUGCAGCCCCUAAAGAGAUUUCAGCAACCCCCUCUUCCAAAGGAGCCCCCACCCCCUCAACUGAGACUGCUCCUUCCCCGAAAAAGGCCCCAGCAACUGUAGCCCCCAAAGAGACUCCAGCAACCCCCUCUUCCAAAGGAGCCCCCACCCUCCUAACGGAAACUCCUCCCUCCCCCAAAAAGGCCUCAGCAACUACAGCCCCCAAAGAGACUCUAGCAAUCCCCUCUUCCAAAGGAGCCUCCACUCCCUCAACUGAGACUCCUCCUCCUCCCUCCCCCAAAAAGGCCCCAGUAACUGCAGCCCCCAAAGAGACUCCAGCAACCCCCUCUUCCAAAGGAGCCUCCACUCCCUCAACUGAGACUCCUCCUCCUUCCUCCCCCAAAAAGGCCCCAGUAACUGCAGCCCCCAAAGAGACUCCAGCAACCCCCUCUUCCAAAAGAGCCUCCACUCCCUCAACUGAAACUCCUCUUCCUCCCUCCCCCAAAAAGGCCUCAGUAACUGCAGCCCCCAAAGAGAUUCCAGCAACCCCCUCUUCCAAAGAAACCUCCAUCCCUCCAACUGAUACUCCUCCCUCCCCCAAAAAGGCCUCAGCAACCCCCUCUUCCAAAGGAGCCCCCACCCCCACAACUGAGACUCCUUCCUCCCCCAAAAAAGUCCCAGCAACUCCAUCCCUCAAAGGGGCUCCCACUCUCCCAGCCAAAACUCCCUCCAAAAAGACCCCAGCAUCUGCAGCCCCUACAAGGGCCCCCACUCCUCUACCUGAGACUUUUCCUUCCCCAAAAAAGGCCCCAGCAACUCCAGCCCCCAAAGAGGCCUCCACUCCCCCACCUGAGAUUUCUCUGUCUCCAAAAAAGGCCCUAACAACUGCAUCCCCCAAAGAGACCUCAGCAACUCCUUCCAAAGGAAUCUCCACUCCCCCAACUGAGACUUCCCUCUCCAAAAAGACUGCAGCUAGUGCAGCCUCCAAGGAGACCAGUGGGGCUCCAUUCCCCAAAGGGGUCCCCACCACCACUAUAAGUGUCCCAGAAAAUGGAGUCCUCAAAGAGACCCCAACAAUUGAAUCACCCAAAGAGGCUCCCACUGCCCCAGUCAAGACUCCUUCCCCCAAAAAGACUUCAGCAACUGCAGCAUCCAAGGAGACACUAACAACUAUAACCCCAAAAGGGUCCCCCACCUCCACAGCCAAGACUCCCCCCAAAAAGGCCUCAGCAACUGAAGUUCCCAAGGAGAUCCCCACAACUCCAUCCCCCAAAGGGGUCCUUACCACCCCUGCUGAAACUCCCCUCUCUCCUAAAAAGGCCUUAGCAACUGCAGCUCCCAAAGAAGUCUUAACAGUCCCAUCCCCCAAGGCAGCCUCCAUUUCCUCUGGUGUGGUUCCUGCCUCCCCUAAAAAGCCCCCUGCAACUGCAGCCCCCCAAGAGACCCUACCAAGCCCACCCCCCACUGAGGUUCCCACUUUACCAUCACAGACUACUCCCUCCCCCAAAAAAGCCCCAGCAACUGCAGCCCCCAAAGAGACUCUGGCAAACACAUCUUCCAAAGGAGCCUCCAUUCUCCCAGCUCUGGUUCCUCCUUCCCCUAAAAAGGCCCCAGCAGCUGCCACCCCCAAGGAGAUCCUAGCAGACACACACCCCUCUUCCAAAAAAGGUCUGGCACCUGCCUCCCCCAAAAAGGCUUCAGGAGUACCAGCCCCCAAAGAGCCUCCCAUGCCCACAUCAGAGACUCCUCUCUCCCCACAAAAAGCCUCAAGUUCAUCCAAAGGGGCCCCCAUUACUACAAUCCUGGCUCCUGCCUCUCCUAAAAAUGCCUCAGCAACUUCAGCCCCCAAAGAGGCCCCAGCCACUCCAUCCUGCAAGGAGAACCCUUUUCCAGGCAAAGCUCCCUCCCCCAAAAAGCCUUCAGUAACCUCACCUUCCAAAGGGAUCUCAAGUGGCCCAUCCCCCCAAAAGGCUACAGAAACCACAGCUUCCAAAGAGCCCCCCACUCCUACAGUGGUGACUCACUCCUCCAAAAAAGUCCCAUCAGCCAAAGGGAGCCCCCCUGUCUCAGCCAAGACUCCUUCUCCAAAAAAGACCCCAACAACUGUAGCACCCAAAGAGGGCCCUGAUCCCCAAGUUGUGAUGCCCAGCCCCUCUCAAAAGGCUCCAGUAACCCCGUUUCCCAAAGGGGUUCAAUCUGUCUCAUCUGUGACUCCCAACUCCCUUAAAGAUGCCCCAGCAAACCCAUCCUCUAAAGGAGCUUUCUCUCCUUCAGCUAGUACUCCUCAAAAGACUCCAGCCUCCAAAAGGGCCUCCACUUCCCUAGAUGCCACCCCUCUCUCUUGCAAGGAAGGCCCAGCUUUAGCUGUGACUCCUCACUCUCACAAAGAGGCUCCAUCCUCUGAAGAAGCCCCUAUUUUUCCAGCCACUCUUGCUGCUUCCAAAGGAGCCCCUGCCAUCUCCUCUGUGUUUCCUCCCUCCCCUAAAGGCUUCCCUACUUCCCCAGUGUCAGUUCCAAGUACCUUGGGGGCUAUUGACCCUCAGGCAUUAGAAGGGCUCCCAGAAAAGAAAAGCCCCAUAGAUACCAAAGAAGUACUUGUUGCCCCAGCUCCAAAAAGUGCAUCAAUCACUGAGGCUCCUGCUCAUAAAGGCACAGGAGCCAAGAAUUCUGCCACUGUACCUCUUAAGUGUUCUGAUCCCUCUGCUAAAAAUGAUACUAAAGGAUCUCAUUCUACCAUGGCUGCAGCACCCAUUCAGAAAGAUUCUUCAAAGACAACAAAAGCCCUCCAUAUUUCUACAAAAGGCACAGGUUCUCAUUCUGCAAAAGGUUCCUUGGCUGCUCCUCCUGAGUCCAAGACAUCUACCCCUCUAGCAGCAGUGGCCUCUGACCCUAAAGCUGGAUCAGCACCUGUCUCUCCAGCACCCAACCCACCAGUUUCCCUGCCUCUUGCUCCCUCCCCAGUUUCCCCUCUCCUUCCUAAACAGCAGUUUCUGCAGUCCUCACCUGGGCUGGAGUCACCCUCUAAGCCCCCAGCCCCUGCUGAUGAGGAUGAGCUGCCGCCUCUGAUUCCCCCGGAACCCAUCUCUGGGGGCAUGCCUUUCCAGACGGUCCUCGUCAACAUGCCCACCCCCAAACCUGCUGGAAUCCCUGUCCCAACCCCCUCUGCCAAGCAGCCUGUUUUGAAGAACAACAAGGGGUCUGGAACAGAAUCUGACAGUGAUGAAUCAGUACCAGAGCUUGAGGAGCAAGAUUCCACACAAGCAACCACACAACAAGCCCAGCUGGCAGCAGCAGCUGAAAUCGAUGAAGAACCAGUCAGUAAAGCAAAACAGAGUCGGAGUGAAAAGAAGGCACGGAAGGCUAUGUCCAAACUGGGUCUUCGGCAGGUUACAGGGGUUACUAGAGUCACUAUCCGGAAAUCUAAGAAUAUCCUCUUUGUCAUCACAAAACCAGAUGUCUAUAAGAGCCCAGCUUCAGAUACCUACAUAGUUUUUGGGGAAGCCAAGAUUGAAGACUUAUCUCAGCAAGCACAGUUAGCGGCUGCUGAGAAAUUCAAAGUUCAAGGUGAAGCUGUCUCAAACAUUCAAGAAAAUACACAGACUCCAACUGUUCAAGAGGAGAGUGAAGAGGAAGAGGUUGAUGAAACAGGUGUGGAAGUUAAGGACAUAGAAUUGGUUAUGUCACAAGCAAAUGUAUCAAGGGCAAAGGCGGUCCGAGCUCUGAAGAACAACAGUAAUGAUAUUGUAAAUGCUAUUAUGGAACUAACAAUGUAAUCAUCUGAAAAGAGGACUUCUUUGGUGUUUGCAAAAAGGUCACUGCAGCUUGGUUUGAAAUUUGUACUGUUUCUAUCACUAAUAAAGUUAUGACUUAUUGGAUGAA